UCAACUUUGGUUAAUCAUUCAUAAACAAAAAAAAAACUUUGGUUAAUCAAACUUCAGUUCUUGCUCACGUGCAAUCCCACUCGCCUUGUCGUCCCCAAGAUGUCCCGGUAAUCAAACGCGCGAAACUACAAAAGCAUCCCUCGGUCCACCACGUGUCUCCCGCCAGCUGACGCGUGAAGACGUGACAACCCGCCAAGCGAGUAGACGAGGGGGGAAAAAAAACCUCUCUGCUAAUUCCUCCUCCAUCGCGACGAGCCGACGACGGACCGGAAACCCUAACGGCGAUCCCCGGCCACCCUACGCCUUCCUUCUCCGGCCUUCCCCCACAUUUUCUACCUUUGUCCCCAAUUCGCCGGAUUUUUCAUUUCUUCAGGUAUCUAAUCGCCGUAUUCCCCCAUCUUUUGGUUUCCUCGUUCCAUCUGUAACUCCGUCGGCGAACAAAUGUGAAUAGGAGAGCUUUCCCCGAAUAGAGAUUAGGUUAAAUCUCCCUUGCGAUUGGUUCUUCUCCGUUUGAAUUGAGUUAUUGGUGCGAUGAACUAAGUUUGAGCUGAGAGUUACGCCCUGCGAAAGAAAUGGAUCUUCGCGAAAGCGCCAGCAGCGGAGCCUCCGAGUUACGGGAGGACAUGGAAUUCGACUCUCACGACGAAGCGUACUCCUCCUACAAAGAGUACGCGAAGUCUGUAGGCUUCGGGACGGCGAAAUUGAGCAGCAGGAGGUCCAGAGCAUCCAAGGAAUUCAUCGACGCCAAAUUCUCCUGCAUAAGGUACGGCAGCAAGCAGCAGUCCGACGACGCGAUCAACCCUCGGCCGUCUCCGAAGAUUGGCUGCAAGGCGAGCAUGCACGUGAAGAGGAGGCAGGACGGGAAAUGGUACAUUCACAGCUUUGUCAAAGACCACAACCACGACCUCUUGCCCGCCCAAGCUCACUUCUUCAGGAGCCAUAAGGACAGUGCCACCGCCACGAAUCCCAUCGACAACGGCAGCGAUUCUCGAGCUUGUAGGAACAGGAAUGUAGGCGGUGGAGGCUCUGGGUCCUCCAAAUUGUUUGGCGCGUAUCAGAAUUUGGAUUGUCUCGAUGGCUACAUGACGAGCCAGCACGAUAGAGGAAGGAGUUUGGUGCUAGAAUCAAGGGAUGCUCAGGUGCUGCUCGAGAUGUUUACUCGGAUGCAGGAAGAGAAUCCGAAGUUUUACUAUGCGGUUGAUUUGAACGAGCAGCACCAGUUGAGGAACUUGUUCUGGGUCGAUGCCAAGGGAAUGGAGGAUUUCAACAACUUCGGUGAUGUGGUGUGCUUGGACACCACUUAUUUCACGAACAAGUAUCGGAUACCUCUUGUUCUUUUAGUUGGAUCGAAUCAUCAUGUUCAGCCGACGUUGCUUGGGUGUGGGUUGAUGGCUGAUGAGACGGUCUAUACUUACGUUUGGUUGCUGCAGACGUGGUCAGUGGCUAUGGGGGAUCGAGGUCCUCGUGUUAUGCUCACCGAUCAGAGUAAUGAGAUCAAGACUGCAGUUGCAGCAGUCUUUCCGAGAACUCGACAUUGCUUUUGUCUCUAUUACAUCCUGGAGAAGGUUCCCCGGCAGCUUGAGUAUUUCAGCCUAUGGAAUGAUGCCUUCAUUGUGAAGUUUCAUAAGUGUGUUUUUAAAUCGUGGACAGAGGAGCAGUUCGAGAAGAGAUGGUGGAAAUUGGUCGACAAGUUUCAUGUCAGAGAGGUGGAAUGGUUUCAGUCAUUGUACGAAGAUCGGCGAUUUUGGGUGCCUACUUUUAUGAGAGAUGUGACCUUUGCUAGUCUCUCUGCAUACUCACGAUCCGAGAGCUUGAACUCUAAAUUCGACAAGUAUGUGCAAGGAGACACGUCGGUGAAUGAGUUCGUAGAACAGUAUAAAGCGAUUCUGGAAGACAUGUACGAGGAAGAAGCCAAAGCAGAUUUUGAUGCGUGGCAUGAGGUCCCCGAGUUGAAAUCACCAUCACCAUUCGAGAAGCAGGUGCAUCUCGUCUAUACACACGAGAUUUUCAGAAAGUUCCAGCUGGAGGUUUUGGGAGCAGCAGCUUGUCAUCUGAAGAAAGAGAGCGAGGAUGAGAAGACUACCACCACGGUGUAUGCUGUGAAGGAUUUUGAGGAUGAUCAGAAUUACGUGGUGGAGUGGAAUGCCAAGGGAUCAGAGAUAUGUUGCUCGUGUCGUUCAUUCGAGUUUAAAGGUUAUUUAUGCAGGCAUGGUAUUGUGAUUCUUCAGAUGUCUGGUGUGUUCAGUAUUCCAACAAAGUAUGUGUUGCAGAGGUGGACGAAUGCUGCUAGAAGUAGGAAACCGGUUAGUGGGAAGUUAGAUGAAGUGCAGGAAAGAGUGAGAAGGUUCAACGAUUUGUGUCGUAGAGCUAUAAUAUUGGGAGAAGAAGGGUCACUCUCUCAGGAGAGUUACAACAUUGCACUUUCUGCUAUUAAAGAGGGGUUGAAGCAAUGUGGGAGUGUGAAUCACUCUGGCGAAGAAGAGAACGUGUCUGUGGACAGAGAAUCUGAACCUCAGUUGGACAUUGUGAUAUCGGGCAACAAGGCUCCUCGAUUGUCAGAAACAGGGAAGGAGAAGGGAACCAAAAGGAAGCAGGUUGCUCAGUCGGGCGCUACUACAAGUGUGGGAACACUGGAAACUUUCAAUCUAGUGGAAAUGUCUGAUCUUAAUCCUGUGCAAUCACAGAGCAUGGUUCCGAAGCAAGUCCAGAAUUCGGCUCCAAUGUUCUUCCAUACCUUGCCACCUCCGCAGUACCACAACCAGGCUCAUCUACAUCAGGCCGCUCGACUUCACCAUUAACUUUCUUCAACAUUCCAAGAGGCAAGAGCAAGUAGACAACUUUGGGAAGAGUUGACCGCCAUGGGACUCCAUAUUGGCAAGGUGGAGAAUUAAGCUCGAGGUUCACGAUGUACAGUUCUUGGUCUAAUGUGGGCUGCAGCCUGCACGGAUCUCUUGCCCACUCAGGCGGCAUUUGAGGUCAUGUAUAUUAAGAUAAGCUACUUCGUUUGAUAUCGGCUCAUUGUACAUAUAUGGUAAUGUUGGCUGCGUCAGAUCUCGUAGCACUAACAUACCCGAGUAUGUAACACUGUGAGCUGGGUCAGGGCAGGUCGGGUUAAGGCCAUUUCAAGACACGGUCAGUGAUGGAUCUGGGUCAUUUAUGGUGGGUUUGCGAAGUCGAUGUAAGUCGGGUUUUGGAGAAAGAACUGCUAUGAAGGGUGCUCCAUAUCAGUCCGUUCGAGUCGGUAUGGACAGAGGCUGAGCUUGAUCAGAAGGCUAUGUAGGGUUAUAGCUCUGUCGACAACUGCAUUUGCCGCGUGGAGGAACUGCUGUAUAGCCAAGAGUGGGAGAGAGCAUGCAACAUGAACUGAGCCGACCAUGGCAUUAAGCAAUUCAAUUGGGGGAACAUGGCCCCUGGAAUCCUUUGCGUACAGAGGAUGGUGUUACCUUACCAGUAGCUUCUCAAUCUGCUAACCAGGCAGUGCACAUGUGUAUUCUUUCGCAAAGUGUCGGAUCCAUUACCAAAUUUGGUGCAUGAUUUGUGGAGCUGAUGGAUGGAGAUUGGAGAACUAUGGAAGGAAGGUUCUCACAAGAGAGAGAGUGGUUAAAUCUCCAUGUUUAACGCCAUGUUCUCAGUCACUCUGCAUUAGAAAAAGAGCGAAAGCAGAGCAGGCUGCGGGAUCCUAGGAUUCUGGGUCUCAUCCUUCUCCUUGUUGACUUCGGAUUUCCGGUUGUUGACUCCCCCAUAUACAGCCUACUUUGCUGGAUAGGAAUUGUAGAUUCUUGUCUGGAAUAUUUUAUUUUUUCCCCUUAUUUUUUACAAAGAAUAUUGGCUAAUAUGACGAGAUUAUGAGUAAAUUAGGGGUGGGUGUGGGAUUUUCGGUUCGGUUGAACCGAUGGGUUAACCAUGAAAAGACCCCCUAAACGGUUCGAUUUCAGUACGAAUGAAUGGAAAAUUGAAUGCGUUUGUCUUUUUGUCUCUCUUGCGAUUAUUAACGGGUUUUUUUGUUUUUUUUUAUUCGUUUCUUAGUUUAAACAGAGACCGGUAAGUGCAAAGCUUGUUCCAAAAACAGUUAACAUAAACCGAUAAGAGGAGCUUACAUGGUUUGAUCUUCGGUUCACCGAAAAAAUUAAACAUGAAUUGAUACCCCUUGUUGUGACUAGAAAGAGGGCCUAUUCGACGGUAGUUCACUUACUAUUCAGAAUGAACUUGUCCUCGGCUUACUAUACAUGAUGAAUUUUUGAACAUUAUUAAAUGUACACCUUAAUAAUACUCAUGACGUGACCGAUCUAUAACUCAUCGUUGUUUGGGGGCAUUUAUCGUUUCCACAUGACAUGAUGAACCAUACCACAUGCUUGUUCCCAAUCAUGCAUGUUAUUAAAAUGAGCUAACCUCAUAAUUCAAACUAGCUACGGUCUUCUUAAGUCUUAAUUAUGGCGCUAAUCAAACCAAUUAAACCGAUCCCUAAUGAAGGAUACACAUGGAUUCAGACUUUGAGAGGCACUUAUACCAGUCCAUCACCCUCUUGUAUACUAGCUGCUACAUCUCAAAUAUCUCCAUAUUUUUCUCUCUCUCUUAGAUUCGAGCAAGGAGAUCAGCAGCGGCGGAGUCAGAAAUACGAAUGAGGAUGAGCUAAGAGUUGAAGCACGCCAAGGGGAUUUGAACCCUGAUGAUGUUACUCCACUGUUGCCUAAGAAAAAAGCAAAGAUGUU